CGAGUAUGGCGGAAGGGUAAGACCGCGAUGUCGAGUUGGUCCCAAAGUGGAGUGUAAGCCAGUUCCGCAAUUUCCCCUGAGCACGUAUGCCAUUGCUGCUUCCACUCAUUGCUAGCGCCAUCGCAAGCGCUCUAGUCGACGGCCGUCCACAGUACGCUGCUCUGAUCCCGAAUGGAGAGAACGUCGACGGGUAUCCUGCUGUGGGCCACACGAACGACGCGGGGGGCGGCGCCCGCAAUGCGUUUGGCAAAGACUUUAGCUCGGAGGGGAGCUGGACGAUCCGGUUAUGUAAACUCGACUCGGACGGCGAUGGGCUCACGAAUGGCCAGGAACUUGGCGAUCCUUGCUGCACGUGGCAAGUAGGCGCGACCCCCAACCAAACAGUGUCGCUCUCCAACCCAGGUCUGGUCGGCAGCGUGCGCGACAAAGCCCUCGCGACUUCGGUCAAGUGUGAAGGCGACAGCCCAGCCAUGUCAGUGCAUUCCGUUGUAUCUUGGGUCCCAAUCAUCGUGGCGGCAGUCAUUGCAGUCGCCGCUGGUGUAUAAUUCACUGCAAUAAACGGAUAUCCCAUGCACCCUGCGAUCUGCUCCGUUCGUUGCUGCAAACCUUCCCCUCUCCGAUGUGAGCCGAACGCCACGAGAACAGAACCUCAGGAGCAGCAGGUACAAGUCUCUUUUAGUGGAACUUACUUCGGCGACGGCAGUGAAUCUGGCUAAUGCGGUAAAACAACGUCGC